AAGCAGAAAGACUCCAUGGAAGAGCCGAAAAUGCCAACUUUUAAUCCUUUCGUCUUCCUCCUACCAGCAAUAUGUGACAUUGUCUCGACAGCGCUACUUUACAUUGGAUUAAAUCUGACAACGGCCAGCAGUUAUCAGAUGUUACAGGGGGCACUUAUUGUAUGCACCGGAUUACUGUCCAUCCUCAUGUUCAAAAGACGGAUUGAAGGCUACAAAUGGUUUGGAAUGCUCCUCGUUGUUUUGGGACUAGUCCUUGUUGGAGUCACAGACGUAAUAUUUGGAGCUGAAACACAACAUGGCGGCAGUGAAGCUAUGAUAGGAAAUAUACUCUGCGUCGUUGCGCAGAUUGCAGUCGCAAUGCAACUUGUACUCGAGGAAAAAUAUGUGUGCAAAUACGACGUCGAAGCACUUUUUGCCGUAGGACUCGAAGGUAUCUAUGGCUUUGUCAUUCUCUUUAUUUCCCUUGUACCGCUUUACUACAUUCAUGUUGGUCCAACAUUUUCCACGAACCCGAAUGGAAGCCUCGAAGAUGUAAUCUACGCCUGGAAACAAGUCCUCAUUGCCCCAAUGAUUGCGGUAUCUCUGCUCGCUAUGAUUAUCAGUAUUGCAAUCUUCAACUUUGCUGGUAUUAGUGUUACCAAGGAACUAUCGGCAACUACUCGAACAGUGAUUGAUAGUAUAAGGACAAUUUUAGUGUGGGCAAUCAGUGUACCCGCCUUCCAUGCAGUAUUCAUACCUUAUCAGAUGAUGGGAUCAUCCAUACCAUACGCAAUAUUUGAGGCAAAAAUCAUCGCUUAUAUAUCAGAUACGAAUGCAUUUAUAAAUGCAGCAGCCAAAAGCGAAAAUGACAUUAGAACGGGAGGCUAG